UCAAAAUAUGAAACACUUAUCGAUUGUGAAGACAAACAACACUUCAGACUAUUGUCGCUACGAUUGGAUCAAUUGAGUGACGAGACGUACGGAUCAGAUGGCAGUCCUAUUAAGACUGAAUCUAUUGUCACCCAAACUGAUGCCACAGAUGGACAACAAUCAGGACAAGCAGUGACUCAACUGACAACAGGUCUGUCGACCGGCGAGAAGUCUCACAAACUGCUGAAACAGAGCCUAAAGAAUAAAUGUAUUGUCACUGAAACUGAUGCCACAGAUGGACAGCAAUUGAGUGGCAAAUCAGUGGACAUGAGAUGCGAUUUGAAUGAUAAUGGCGUGAAUAAGGGAUGUGUUGUCUUAAAAACUUAUUCAAAAACUGGACAACAAUUGAGACAAACUGUUACUCAACCCAUAAAAGUGGUCAAACAUUUGUGGUGUAAACCCUCCGCUGAAAACACGCCGAAGACUGCGAUCGCGACUCAAAGCCAAUCACAGGACAAGAAAGUGGUUUAUUUGGUCGUAAACUCUGUGAACCAAACGAGUGGACAAAGCGCUGGAACCAGUGCUUCGGGACAACAAUUAAGACUCAUAUCGUUAGGCAAAGUACUUCGAUGUCAUGUCAUUGACUGUCAAUUCAAAUGCCUAGCAAUGGGUUCAUUAGAAACUCACCUUCAGGUACACGACAGGAGUUUUCAACCGCAACCGAUGCCCGGAUUUGCAUCAUAUGAAGAACAGCGCAAAGCGAUUGACAAACAGUGUUACGACUCGACCACUAAAUUGUAUUAUUGCCGACAAACCGGUUGUCAGAGACAAAAGCCUUUCAAACUCCGUGAGAUGUUAACCAAACACAUGAGACGAGUCCACUCCGGCCAGCGAUACGUCUGUUAUGACCCCAACUGUGACACACAGUUCCGAUAUCCGGCAUCCGUCCGAAAGCACUAUAACCUGAUUCACGCGGGGAUCGAACCCCCGAAGCGGUUUGUGUGUCCGCACGACGACUGUGGCUAUCGGUGUGCGUCGGCGGUGACACUGCAGAUACACAUCAAGGUUCACGACAAUCCAAAUCACGUCAAUUAUAAGCGCCGGCGCCGAGAGUUGACCGAAGAGUGUUACGACUCGACCACCGAUUCAUACCAUUGCCGACAAACCGGUUGUCAGAAGACAUGGAAGAAGUACGAGGAUGUGUUGAAACACAUGCAAAGAGUACAUACAGACAGAACUGUGGUCUGCGAGCACUCGGACUGCGAUAUGAGAUUCAAAUCAAGUUAUGUUAUGAAAAAUCACUAUAAACUGAUUCACGAACGGCUCAUGAAGUGUCCGAUUGGCGACUGCGGCCGCGAAUACCGGGACCGGCAGUCACUGAAUCAGCACGUGAUUACUGCCCACCCGACAGAGUAUAACGUCUAUAGGAAGGCCAGACGCGCCAACAACUCCUUCCGGUGCCAACACCCGGGCUGUGACCGUGGAUUUAGUUCCCGCUAUACUUUACUCCAACAUCAAGCGAUUCACAACACAGAACCCACCGUUCGGUGCCCGAAGUGUCCGCAACUGUUUGACUCAUUACACCUGUUAUAUAAGCAUAAGCUGUCCCAACACAACAUCAAACCAAAGUCACAGCGCAAGGACUACCGGUGCGAACGGCCCGGUUGUCAAUACACGGGUACAUUGAAUGCCCUUAGAAUUCACUCUAUGACCCAUACGGGGGAAAAGCCAUACGCGUGUGAUUGGCCUGAAUGUGGUAAACGGUUUACAUCAGGGAUCUCUUUGAACGGACACAUGAAUAUCCAUCAAAACCUGAAGCCUUAUGCCUGUGAUUGGCCCGGAUCCAUACGCCUGUCAUUGGCCCGGAUACGGGUCGCCGCCGGCUCUGUGUCUACCCUAACGCCCGCAGUCGUGCCCAGUUUGGAGGCGCCGGUCGUCGGCGGUCGGCACCGAUGGCCCCAACCGUGUGGUGAAGAGGUGAUGAAGAGGUGGUGCCGAUGUUGUGGUCACCACAGGGGGAGUGUAACGAUGGUUAUUGCGAUGGGUCUGUAG